AAUUUUUUUAAAAUAUUCCACAUCUAAAUCAUUAUAAAAUAAUCAAACAAUACACAUAUUUACUACCAAGAAUAUUUUUUCGUUUGCCAAAUUAUCUCAAACAAAUAUGUCAAGCUCUAAAAAUGGUGUACAUAUCUUAAUUUUUCCAUAUCCAGCACAAGGUCACAUACUUGCCCUUCUUGAUUUAACUCAUCAACUUCUUCUCCACGGCUUUAAAAUUACUGUUUUAGUGACACCUAAAAAUGUCCCGAUUCUCGAUCCUCUUAUUUCUACACACCCAUCGGUUGAAAUUCUUGUCUUUCCGUUUCCGGGCCACCCAUCUCUUCCUUCCGGAGUUGAAAACAUUAAGGAUGUUGGAAACUCCGGCAAUGCCCCAAUUAUUGCUGGGCUUAGUAAGCUUCGCGGCCCAAUAGUAGAAUGGUUUAAGGCCCAAUCAAAUCCUCCCGUGGCGAUUAUUUAUGAUUUCUUCUUGGGCUGGACUUUAGAUUUGGCCCAAGAAAUCGGUGUACCCGGAAUUGUAUUUUAUGGUGUUGGAGCUUUAUUGAUUUCUAUAUUUUUUGAUGUCUGGAAGAAUAUUGAGGCUUAUAAAGGUUUGGGCUUUCUUGAGUUUAAUGGGCUUCCUAAAAGCCCAAGAUUUGUGAAGGAACAUCUUCCUUCAGUGUUUUUGAAGUUUAAAGAAGAUGAUCCAACUUGGGAGAUUGUUAGAAAUGGGUUCAUUGCAAAUGGUAAGAGUUUUGGGUCAAUUUUCAAUACUUUUGAGACUUUGGAUAGUGAGUACUUGGGCUUUUUGAAGAAGCAAAUGGGCCAUGAACGCGUGUAUUCGAUUGGACCGAUAAAUUUAGUUGGUGGGCCGGGUAGAAAUGGGAAGUGUGAUGAUAAUGCAAAUGAGAAAAUUUUCACUUGGCUUAAUGAGUGUCCUAAUGAGUCUGUUCUUUAUGUAGCUUUUGGAAGUCAAAAGUUAUUAACAAAGGCCCAAAUGGAGGCUUUAACUAUUGGGCUUGAGAAAAGUGAAGUUAGGUUCAUAUUGGUAGCGAAACAAUUGACGGCCCAACAAGAGGAACAAGGUUUCGGAUCGGUGCCGCUAGGGUUUGAGGAGAGAGUAUUAGGGAGAGGACUAGUAAUAAAGGGUUGGGCCCCACAAGUGGAGAUAUUGGGCCAUCGAGCUGUUGGUGGAUUUCUGAGUCACUGUGGUUGGAAUUCAGUGAUGGAAGCGAUAGUGGCGGGAGUAAUAAUCUUAGGAUGGCCCAUGGAGGCCGAUCAAUUCAUAAAUACGUGGUUAUUGGUGGACAAUAUGAAGACAUCGAUCCGAGUUUGUGAGGGCUCAGACUCAGUGCCCGACCCGAUAGAGUUGGGUCGGAAAAUUAAUGAGGCAAUGAAUAAUGAUUUGUUUAAGAAGAGGGCCAAAGAAUUGAAAGAUGAAGCUUAUGAAGCUGUUAAAAUUGGAGGGAGCUCUAAAAGAGAUUUAGAUGCCAUUGUAACAGAGUUGGCCCAACUAGAAAGUUGAAAAUUCAUGCAAGGGGCCAAAUAAUUUUAAGUUGGUCUAACUUUUGAUAAAAUAAAAAAUUAUUUAUAUGCACACCAUUAGUUUAUUUAUUUUCUAUUAUUCUCUUUUUUUUAAAAAAAUAUUAUUAAAAUCUCUUUUUUACUCCUUAAACUCAACUCUCUAGAUAUAUAACCUUUUAUCUCUUAACCCAUGUUUCUCUCUCCAAUAUUUCACUCCUGAAAUCACGCCUAUUUUCUUUUUCAUGAUCUUAUCAUUCUAAUUUUGAAUUUCAAUUUUAUUUCUCUCUCCGAUCAAAGAAUUUUCCAUUCUUUCUAGGUAUUGUUUCUAUUUCAUUACUUCUGCUCAUAAUUUUUUUAAAAGGAUUAAAAUUUUGAUAUGUUUAUGGAGGAUCCUCUUCAUUUAUCUUAGGUAUUAUUCAGAUAAUGUCAUCCGACACUAAUCGAGUUUAUGAAUAUGAAGACAUAGGUUGGGUUGAGAAUAGAUCAAAAAAAUUAUCUGAAUCUCUAGUUAUGACCAAUGGUGAGUAUCGAGAAUGUGUUUUCUUCUUCAAAAGCAAUGAUUGGGAAAAUCCCUAAAAAAAGGAGUAAAAAGAAAGUAUCAUCCCCAAUAUCUUGUUCGAAUCUACUCGAGGGAUUGUGGAUUGUUUGUAGCGCGUUUCCUAAAAUUUUUAGCGAUGAAAUUUCAAUCCAAUCUGAUGCUUUCUGGUCUGAUUAUGAGAAGAUAUGCAGCUUUGCUAAAAAAAAUAUGGCAGUCAAAAGGCCGCAGAAGGUAUAUUAGUGAUAAUGACGAUCCAUCAAAGUCUAGGCUUCAUUUCACACCACCAAAUCAUGAUGCAUUAGUUAAUUCGGAAUAGUUACUGUGUAUCGAUGGAUAGACAGUGCUUUAGUUAAUACUACUUUCAAUGUACAUUAACUUAA